AGUCGUCAUCAGCUCAGCAGCUAUCGUUAAAAGGAAAACGGCAAAAAACGAAAAAAAUUUGCAAAGCAGAUUGGUGUCGGAUUCGAUUUAUUUGGAGCUCGGAGCUACUAAUGGAAAAUAUUUAAACAUUUCGUCAAUAUUGCUGAAUAUUCCUGCUAAAAUAUUACAAAAUCAAUAUUUUAUUAGAAGCAAUUAUUUAUUUAAAAUUCGUUAAAAGUUUGGGAGAAAGACAAAGUGAAAAAGAGACUGAAAAGGAACAGCAAAAGAUUGCAGAGCCGCAAUUUUUCUAGUUAGUCGUAAAAGGUGAUAUUCAGAUAUGGAGAGUCCUUGUGAAUCGGAAAGCUCCCUAGACGGAGGUACCAUGCUUCCACCCAGUCCAGUGUCACGAGAGCAGUUGCAGAAGCGCAUCGAAUCGUUGACACAACAAAAUAAAGUACUCAAGGCUGAACUAGAUACAUUUAAGAUUAAAUGCAAAGUGGUGCAGGAAGAGAAUCGUACACUUAAGCAGGCAUCUGUUAUAAUCCAAGCAAAAGCGGAACAGGAGGAGGAGUACAUAUCGAAUACACUUCUAAAGAAAAUUCAAGCCUUAAAAAAAGAGAAGGAGACUUUAGCACACCACUACGAACGUGAAGAGGAGUGUUUGACCAAUGAUUUAUCGCGUAAAUUAGAUCAGCUAAGACAGGAAAAAUGCAAGUUGGAGCAAACGCUCGAGCAGGAGCAGGAGUGUCUUGUAAACAAGUUAAUGCGUAAAAUUGAGAAACUACAAGCCGAAACGGAUAAUAAGCAAACAAACUUAGAGCAAUUGCGUAGAGAAAUGGUGGAAUUAGAAAAUACAUUGGAACAAGAACAGGAAGCCUUAGUUAAUAAGCUCUGGAAGCGUAUGGAUAAGCUCGAGACCGAAAAGCGUUUAUUGCAAAUUAAACUGGAUCAACCAGUUUCCGAUCCAACUACACCACGUGAUAUAACCAAUGCCAAUGGUGACACUGCCUCUAAUUUAAGCGUACACAUACAGACUUUACGUUCCGAAGUAGUACGAUUGCGUUCCAAUCUUGCGGCAGCACAAAAAGAGGCAACUAAGAAAUUACAACAAUUUGCACAAGAAGAGAAGAGCAUACGCGAAGAAAAUGCGCGUCUACAGCGCAAAUUAAAAUUGGAAGUGGAACGACGCGAAGCAUUGUGUCGCCAUCUGUCCGAAUCGGAAUCAUCGCUGGAAAUGGAUGAGGAACGAUUCUAUAAUGAAAAUUUGUUGGGCGCAACUGCUGCUGCGGUGAACACACGUCAACGCACGAUUAGCAGUCCCGUUUCGCAUAGUCCAUCGAAUAGUCGACCACUUAGUCCAGGUUCCGUGCAUCAGAAUCGCUGUUAUGCCUGUGGUCAAAUUGUGAAUCGACGUGCGAGUGAGCGUUUUAUUAAACCAGCAUUACCCACACCUAUGUUGGGUCUCAACACUUCAGCUCCUAAUGUGCUCAGCGGCAAUUCACUAUUGGGUUCAACUGGCAGCGGUGGUGGCGGCAGCGGCACAAAUUCAAGUUUAACUGGCGCUGCUCUAAACUCUUCCACGCUUUUCGGCGGCACAAGUGGUGGUUUCUUGCAGAAUUUAAACGCUGAACGCUUAAGUAUUGGUGGCGGCGCGAGUGGCAGCAACAACAUAGGUUUGGGUAUUAGCGGCGCUACCAUGAACAGUGGCAAUAAUGCGUCACUGCAGCAGGCUUCCAAUCCAAUGAAUAUUAGUAUCAAUAAUUCGUCCACUAAUCUAUCGAAUAGCAUGAAUACCAGUAAUUCGUCGUUGUCUGCAUUUACGCCAACAAACACCAACUCAGCCACUUCAUUUGCACAGCCAGCCAGUCCCAUGGAUACGUCCGUAUAUAAGGAGUAAACAAAAAAAUUAAAGAGAAUCAGUGUUUAAAAUGUUUUCUGAAACAAAAGAACUGCAUGAGAUGAAAAACAAAAACAAAUGACCACAAGAAAACCAGAAAACUGUUAUAUCGAUUAUGGAAUCAAAUGGAUUUCGAAUGGACUUGAAUGUUAUGAAUUUUUUUUUUUAAUAAUUAUCGGUGUUUACUGCAACAUUUUGUUAAAACUGGUCGCGAUAUUAAAUUAUGCAAACGAAUGAAAGACGAAUAGCUCGCUAAAAAAGAAAAAACAAUAUGAUUAGUUAGAAACACGAGCAUUAUAAUAAAAUAAAUUUAAAAUGUACUAUAAAUAAUGACCAGCGACGGAUUUUGCAAGAAAUAUGGUUAAAAAGGGCGAAAUGUUACAUUUCAAGGCUAACCAACAACGAUUUAAACAUAAACAAAGAUUUACCUGUACGUACUACAUUACAAUCAACGCUCACUCGCUCAUCAUCAACUGUAACUUCUUGCUGCAUACGCAAAGCAUAUAUACAUACUUACAUUCAUACAUACAUACAAACACAUAUAUACAUAUAUAAUAUAUAGUAUAUGAAUAUGCUACAUUAGCUUAUAGAAAGUAAACGCAUUAAUUUGCUCAAAUUCCAGCAGCAAUAUCAAGAAGAAUAAUUCGUACACACGCCGAAAAAAAUUCGGAAAUUUGUGUUUGUACCGGCGACAUCUACUACGCACACACACACACACACACACGCACGCAUAUGUGCAUACAUACCUACAACAGUUUAUACUAUCUUAAGCCGAGCAGUCGCAGCAGUGAAUUUGUCCCCCAAUUAAAAUGAUAUUUCAAUUAAACAAUUGCAAUAUUUAAUAGAUGUUUGUAUAUUUAGUGAAUUUUGUUUUUGUAAUAAUUUAAUUUGCUACACUCAAUUUACCUAAUAACAUACUAUAAAACUAUACAUAUAUCUUUACCGCAAACAAUACGAUUAUAAAUGAUAUGAAUAAAACUCCAAGGUGGUCCUUGAGUUAAACAUGCAUACCUAUAUACA